CACAAGGUAUCACCGAAUAAAGUCAUCAUUUGAGCAACUAACCAAAAGAAGGCACUCCACAAGAAGCAAUUUCCCAGAAACAACAACCAAUAAGAGAUGGGCAGUUGCACAAUCUGGUCUUUCUAUAAAUUCUACUGCGGCACAACUGGCCAAGGAAGCCUCUUGAAAGCAAUUAGUAACAGGAAUUUGACAUUUGAUGGUGUAUCAGAAAAUUUKAGAACAGUAUUUUACCGUAAAAACAGAAGAAACACAUGCAAGUUUUAUGUCACUAUUGAUGGAGUAAAUUAUGGUAUCUGUGAGUACAAUGGAACUAUCAUCUUAAAGGAAAACAAUGCAACUACCUUCAAAAUUAAGCAAAUACCAUURAUGGCRUACUGCUGCAUCUACAUAAAAUGCAGACCACAUGAUUUGUACUUGAUCUCCGAUGCAAAUGGCAAGACAAAACUGUGCCCGUCGAAUAUCAAUGACAGAAGGGGUUGGUUUUUGAUGAAAGUGGUUAAUGCUGAAUUUGACAGCACAGAUGGAGUAGAAGAAAUGGACCUCAUAAACAACAACAACAACAACAACAACACAAUCACUCAGUUUGUAACAGUUUUAUAGGAUAAUCAUGAACAUGUUAGAUUAGUAAAUAGUUUGUUUCAUAUCUUUCAUCACCAAACCUGUUAAAUAGGUUCUAGUUUUGGAAUGUAUAAAGUAGUCACAAUGUGACGUUUAUAAAUUUUUAAAUAUAAGUUUAAAGUGUUUCAGAUCUAGGGAGAUGUCAAUCGUAUGAAUAUCCAUGUAUAAUACCACAUAUUGAAAUUGUAAACCUUUACAUGACUAAUUGUUUUGUGGUUCAUUAUAUCUCACAUUGUUAAAUGGCAUAUUUUAUAAAUAUACUCAACCAAAUACAAUGUAUUAGUGACUAUUAAUGAUUAUGAUAUAUUAGUUAUUUAAAAUGACAUACAUGUACUAAAGUAGAGUGAAGUAAAAAAACAGUGAAAUAGAUUAUUACACUAAAUAUAUGUUAGUACACCCUAAUUUGUUUUUGACUAUCACACUUUAUAUUUCAACAACAAUUUUUUUCUAAUCUUAUUAUUUGAAAGUCGACCAAAUGGGUGACUAUUAAUUGUUAAUCCACAGGCAUUUCUGUCACAACAAAAUGACCUUAAACUAUUCUAUUGUUUUUUGAAAUAGUAGUCAACUUUUGUUUCAGAAGUUAAAUGGCUCCACUCUACUAUUUUGUAUUGAUUGUGAAUUUUGAAAAAUCUAGAUAAUAAUAAAACUUGAGAAAUGGGUAUUAUAAUAAUACACCUUAUGAAUUAUACACUAAUAAUAUUAUAACUUGACAUUUUUUGAAUUUAUUAAUUAAAAUUGUUAGCAAAACUUUGUGAUUUUAAUUGGAUUUAGUAAAUAUUGUAUGUUUAUCUAGUUGGAAUAUCUUUUAUAAUAAUUAUACUAAUUAUCUAUUAUGCACCUUAUGAA